CGCCGUCGAUUCCAAUUUCUAAUCGGUUCUGUCUCGUCUCCUUUGGGUGGCCCUCGUCCGGCACCGGGCUCCGGUAGCGCAGGUCGGUGUCCGAUGCCGAGUCUUCCUCCUCUGGCCUAGACAUGGCUCGGCGCCGGCCCAGUGCUCCGUUGAGGAACGGUGCUGGAAGCGAGGGUCAACCGUCCGGCCCGUCCGCGCUCGGGGUCGCAAUGCCGGGGGUGGAUGAGCAUCCUGGCGACGACCACCUAGCGGACGAGUUGGAAAUGGAGGACGACCAUGACGUCCGUGAGGACGCUGCGGCGUUGUUCGGUAUCGAUGUCGGUGACGGCAAUGUUCCGAACAACGUUAUUGAUGUCGAUGCAGAUGCCGGUGCCAGCGACGGUGGUGGAGGGGCCGCGAUGGCAGCAGGGUGCGGCUCCACCGACACUCAUGGUACCUCAUCUUCAGGUAAACGCAAAUCCAGUGUCUGGGCUGAUUUCAAGGAGGUCAAGGAAAAUGAUGUGCGAGUUGCUGCUAUCUGUAACAUUUGUAGCAAGAGAUUGUCUGCUAGAUCUUGUUCUGGUACUGGUCAUUUGAUUAGGCACCAGGCUUCCUGUAGGAAAAAGGUUGAUCAUGCUCAUAGGGUCCAGUCUAGGCUUGCUCUGAAUCGUGAUAGUUUCCGCAACUGGGUUUAUGAUCCUGCUGUUGCUCGUACUGAGUUGUGCCGGUUGAUUGCUAGGCUAGACCUUCCAUUAGGCAUAGGUGAGACACAGGCAUGGGAGGAUUACAUUACUCGUGCUCAUAAUCCUCAGUUUGUUAAGGUUUCUAGACAGACCACUACUAGAGAUCUUGGUAAACUCUUUGCUGAUCGACGUGAUGUGCUUAUGAAAUCUGUGUUGCCUGCUGCUUCUUCUGUUUCUUUAACUUCAGACAUUUGGUCUGGCAAUGCUAAGGAGGACUAUGUUAGUGUGGUUGCUCAUUAUGUCAAUUCUGAUUGGGAGUUACAAAAAAGAGUUCUCGGUUUAAGGCUGAUUGAGGUUAAACAUUCUGGUGAAAACAUUGCCGAAAGGAUUGCUAGUGUGGUUGAGGAGUUUGGUUUGAUUGAUAAGAUUUUUGCUGUCACUCUAGACAAUGCUUCUUCUAAUGCUAAGGCUAUGGAGACUUUGGCACCUAUGUUCUUUGGUUACUUGGGUUCUGAUCCUGCACCUAUAGCUUCUGAUCCUAAUAAGCGUAAGUAUUGUCUUGUGCAUCAACGUUGUGCAUGUCAUAUCAUUAAUCUUAUUGUCAAAUCUGGACUGAAAAGGUUGAAACCUGUUACAGAAGAUUUUAGAACUGCAAUUAACUUUUUAAAUUCCUCUAAUCAAAGAAUUGCACUGUUUAAGGAAUAUUGUAAUGCUAAAGGUGUUAGACCUAGAAAGUUUGGCUUGGACAUGGAUGUUAGAUGGAAUUCCACAUACUUGAUGCUUAAACAUUUGAUGCCAUACAAGGAUAUCUUUUCUGUGUUCAUUAACUCUCAUUAUGGUUCAGAAUUGUUGACUAGAAAUCAUUGGUAUGCUGCUGAAAAGGUAAUGGAAUUUCUGGAACUCUUCUAUGAUUCAACUGUUGUUCUAUCUGGUGUUUAUUAUCCCACAAGUCCACUUGUUUUGCAUCAUAUCUUAGAAAUUGCUUCUCAUUUGCAUGCUGCUGAAAGAGAUCAUAACCUUAGAACUAUUGUUGCUCCAAUGAAGCUUAAAUUUCUUAAAUAUUGGGAGGACAUACCACUGCUUUAUUCAUAUGCAUUCAUACUUGAUCCUAGAGCUAAGAUGAGAGGAUUCUUUAAUGUGCUGGAAUUACUUGCUGAAAGUAUUGGAUGCACUUACAGUUCAUACUAUGCUGAUGUUAAAAUUGAAUUGUAUAAACUGUUUACAAAAUAUGAGAACAAGUUUGGUGCAGCUAGAUCUCAAAGGGUUGCACAGCCAUCAGCUCAAUCAGGUAAGAAAAAGCAGGCAUGGGGAAGGAUCUUUGGAGGCCGUGGUGGUUCUGGUUCAGGUGUUGUUGGUCCUCCUCCCUCUUCCACUUCAUGUUCAUCUUCCUCUGCUGUUAGUGAGCUCUCUGCUUACUUAGAUAGUGAUUGUGUCACUGCUUAUGAUGAUGACUUUGACAUACUUCUUUGGUGGCGUGACCAUAAGCUAACCUAUCCAAUCCUAUCUAUAAUGGCUAGAGAUAUCAUGUCUGUUCCUGUAUCUACUGUCUCUUCCGAGUCUUGUUUCAGUUUAACAGGAAGGAUCCUUGAAGAGCGGCGACAGCGCCUCUUGCCAGAGAACGUGGAGAUGCUUACCUGCAUCAAGGAUUGGGAGUUAGGGGCAAGAAGAGAACAGCAUGAAGCCGAGGACACAGAGCUGGAGGAAGCAUUCAAGAACCUCUUUCUUGAUGAUGAAGGAGCUGGUGGUGGUGGGGCUGUGAGCUGAGCUGAGACUCUGAGAGUGACUGAGAGGGUUAUUUUGCUGUGAGAUGAGUGAGUAAUCUGUGGACUCACUGUAAUUUUGGGUGGCCAUUUGAACUAUGCCACUGUGGACUGUAAUGAUUAACUUAAUUAAGACUUUGAGAGCUGGCUGCACUCUUUUUUCCUUUCUAGGGUUUCUCACAAGGGUGAGUUUUACCUAGAAAGGUUUUUAAUGAGGCAGCAUUGCACAUCAGCUCCUUUUUAGUUA